AAUGAAUUGAUUAAAAAAAAAAAAAAAACUGGAAAUGAUUAUUCCAUUGCUUUUACAAUUUUUCAUCUUAUCGAUAACGGCAGAUCACAAGAAUUUUUUUAUUAAAACAUACAAGAAACCUUGGAUAUCAUUUGAUAAUUAUGAAAAAAUUAUAAAAUUGUCAUUUCCCUAUGCUCAUUGUUGUAAUAUUUUUGUAGAUGGAACAUCAUAUGGAAUUAAUGAAUUAUUUAAUAAUUUUAUUGAAAUUUACCCCUAUGGUUAUCUCGUGAAGAGAAGAAUUUAUGAUUGUGAUGGAUAUUUUUUAUUAGCAUCAGAAGAGUCGCGAAUUAUUUAUGCGUUGCAAAGGGUACCAUCACAAAUAUCGACAACGGAAAUACUUAUUAUUUUGGACAAUGGCUUAAAAGAUAAUUCGAAAAUAUUCAACAUUUCAUUAUAUCAAAAUUCAAAUGUUAAUUUAGUUUCUCAUUCGGGUUCUUGGACAUUGUCGGAAAAUUUUCUUGAGCCUCGAAAAUUUCGUAAAAUUAAAAAAUACGAUGAAAUGGUACAUAAAAAAGGAGUUGUAAAUUUAGAGGGACGACUACUUCAAGCAGCAGCUUUUUAUAAUCCUCCUCUUUGUUAUUUAAAUACAUCAAUCAAUGAGACAAUAAACGGCGUUGAAGCUGAAAUUUUUUUAGCUGAGAAUGAUUUUGAAGUGGAUGGCGUGGAAAUGCGAAUAUUCGAGCUUAUUGCAAAAAGAUUAAAUUUUCGCUGGUCCAUUAGAAAACCUUCAGGUGGUUAUAGAUAUGGACGAAAAAUAAAUGACACAGCAUGGAAGGGUGGUAUGAUAGGGCAAAUAUUUCGAAAAGAGAUCGAUAUUGCAUUUAGUGGAAUAUGGCUAAAAUAUGAUCAUUAUUCAUUUUCAAAUUUAUCCGAGCCAUGGUACGAACUUGCGGUUGAUUUUCUGGUUCCACGACCAAAACCCUAUAGCAGAUUCUGGGCAAUUAUUCGUCCAUUCACGGCUGAAGUUUGGACACUAAUAAUUAUAAUCGUUAUAAUUCAAACUGGAAGUACAAUCAUUAAAGCUCAAAUAAAUUCGAACAUUCCACAACAUUACCGAAAUGUUGUUGUAACAAUAACAGAAGUAAUGGGAAAUUUAGUAGGCACGGGAAUAUCAGAAACAAUUCCCGAAUUAAGAUUACAAAUGUUUAUUUGUCAAAUUGCAGGAUUUUUUCUUGUCACAGCUUAUAGUACGAUUCUUGCUGCCAGUUUAUCGAAUCCCGAAUAUGAAAAAAGAAUUGACACUGCUGAACAAUUUGUUGAGGCUAAUCUCACAUGGGGAAGAGAAGGACCAAUACCAAUUUUUAGCGAUUAUUUUGAUUUAAACGAUAAAUAUUUUUCACAAUUUCCAAAUAGAUUUGAUCAUGAAGAAGGAAGUGCUGUUAGGCAUAAAAAAAUUCUUCAAGGUAAUUAUGCAAUUGUUGGAAGAUUUGUGGGAUCGCUUUUCUUUCCUGAGAAUAAUGUCACAAAUGCCGAUUUAAAGAAUUACAGGCUAAUGAAGGAAAGUGCAGGAAGAUUUUAUUCUUCUUUUGCCGUUCAACCAUGGCUUCUAGAACCAGUUAAUAUGGUCAUGCUAUGGUUAAGAGAAGGUGGCAUCACUCUUUAUCAUUUAAAAGAUGUAAUUCGUCGACGAGCAGCUCAUAGUCUUCACGAAGUUUUAAUAGAAUACGAUUAUGUUGAUGAAGGGGUGGCUAUCAUUUUAAAUCUGACACCCCUUGGAGGAGCAUUUUCACUUUUAAUUGUCGGCUUUUUGCUGUCAACUUUCGUUUUUUACUUGGAAUUACGUUCAGUACGCGGAUCAAGAUCAAUUUUCACUGUUCUAAGAGAUAUCAAUGAAAAAAGAUCUCGUUAAAAGAAGAAAUUUAAAAAAAAAAAAUAAAAAUUUUUUUUAUUGAAUUUCAAUAAAAUUGACUUUGAAAAUUUGCAACUACGAUGUUUCGUUAUUAACUUAAACUUUAUAAUUAUUAAGACGAAAAAACAAAUAGUAAAUUAAAUCAUAAUUAUCAUUUUAAAUUUCAUAAAUUCUAUAAUUAAUUAAUUAAAUAUUAAU